AUGCCAGAGCUCAAAGAGCUUGUGGGGGAUGAAAUCCACGCCGCCGUGCGGGUCCAUUUUCCGGCCGAAUUGCCAAAACCGUCGAUAAAUGCGUUAGAAUCCCAGUUAAAGACAUCUAUUGAUGAAAAGAUGGCAGUCCUGGAGGAUCGCAUGCGGGGUUUAAUCCAAAAAAACAAAGAAAUCUCCGCGAAUUGUCUGGAAAACGUAUGGCGGCGGGACUUUUCGGCAAUUCUCACCCGCGAGCUCGACCCUUUUCAUCGCCAAAUUAGUACCCUCGAAGGGGUUGUUCAGGGCUUCGCGGGGGAUCUCACGGGGGUCCUUCGACGCCAAAAGGACAUCGAUGCGCAGCUUAAACAACUUCAACAAACUCUCGAAGAAGAAGCAAAAAAAGAAAGGACGCGGGAUUCGAUUUUAAACGCGGCGGCAAGUCUUCCCGCGAGGUAUUAUUCCUCAGCGGAUUGCAUUCGGCUCGAGGUGGUGGAGCCCGCGCUCGAGCACGUUCGUCGUCUGCUCGUCGCGCAUGAAAAGAUGUUAAAUACGAUCGUCGAGCAGCGCUGUGUGAAGGUCGAGCAUAAUAUUGAAAAUCAUUUAACCGUCUGGGAGCAGAAUUUGGUGGGAUUUCGAACGAGAUUGAAUUCAUUUCAGCGAGAUGUCCGCGGCGCCUUGACGGAGCUUUGCCAGAAUUUAAACGUGGCUUGCCCAGGGUUUUAG